AUGUCCACGGGACCGCGCGUGCUCAUAGACACGAGAUGGUCACCUAAACGAAAUCCAGAGAAAGAAGAAAAGCGAAAAUCUGGUGUCGACCCAACGAUGCUGACAUCUCUCUCCACGGAUAAAUUCUACGACAGCGAGGAAACACAGAAAAAGAGAAAGAUAGAGGAGGGAAAAAAGAAAGUUAGAGAGCUUGAUAGAGAAGAAAAGGAUAACCCAAAAUGGUGCGUCCAUUUUAGACAGCAAGAAAUGUUCGAGGAUGCGGAUAACAAGCUCGGAAUAUUUCCUCGAACAUAUUUUUGUGAAGAGUCCGCGGAGAGUCACGGAAAGCCCGUGCGCAAGUACUUUGCCGUCAAGAGACUUGACAUGUUCUGGAAGUACUAUUACAGGAAUAAGAGGGAUAAGCAUUGCUAUGAGCUCAUGCGGGAAGACACACAAUGUCAUCUGUACUUUGAUCUCGAAUUUUCUCGAGAAGCAAAUCCCGACUUGGACGGUGAAAGCUUGGUGGAUCAUUUGCUUGAGCUCAUCGUCGAGGAGUUCGACACGACGCCAGAAAUCGACUCAUCCAAGUUCAAUCCGAAGGAGCACGUCAUCGAACUCGAUAGCACGAGUGCGACCAAGUUUAGCCGACACUUGAUCAUCAAAUUACCCGACGAUCAAGUUUUUGAAAACAACUCGCACUGCGCGCACUUUGUCCGCAAGCUCAUGAGCCGAGUGGAAUCACGCCGAGGAGAAGACGCUCGAUGUGAUGCGCUUUUCCUCAAGAAAGAUUUGGAUGACGUCGAGAGAACGGAGACAUUCAUCGAUCUUGGUGUGUACACGCGAAAUCGCGUGUUCCGAGUUUAUCUGUCGAGCAAGUACAGCGAGAAGAAGGACAAACCAGCACUGCGAACGACUGGGCGUUUCUGGAAGAGUGACGACGAGGAAGAGACGUUCAAAAAAUCGCUGGCGUCUGCGAUGAGUUUGACUACAGAGGUCAAGGUUAUCUCCUUCGAGGGCGUGACACAUACGUCGGUUUUACGCGGAAACGUGUUUCAAGGCUACCGAACGGGAUCUCACCUCGUGCGUCCUGCAUCGGAAUUCAACGGAAACUCAAUCGGUCCGUGCCCUCGCACCGCCGAGUUCGUGUGCAAAGAUUUCAAUCGCUGGAGCGGUCACGGCGGUGCGGCGGUGCGCUCGUGGACGGCGUUUCCCGAGUAUGGUGUAUUAGUGCUCAAUUUAUUCGGAAAUCGGUUCUGUGAAAAUAUCGAACGCUCACACAGGAGCAACAACGUGAUGUUUGUCGUGGAUUUCCGUGAGAGUGCGUAUUAUCAGCGAUGCCAUGACCCCGACUGCAGAGGUACGCGGGGUCCUUGGCACGAGUUGAAUGAAGAUGUAUUGGACGAAUCUCACAGUUUAUUAAAAAUGUUGUACGAACGUCCAUCGUUCGAGGAAAUCGACGAUGAAGAGUUGGCUGUGGCCGUCCCGACGUUCGAUGGUUUUCGAGACGAAGAGAUUGCACAGUUAGCGGCAACGCUGUAA